AUGACUGAAACCUUGAAAAUUGACCAUCUAAUCUCCGUCCCUGAUGACGCCGAGCAAGUAACGGACAAUUGGUCUGGAUUGAGUGACCCGACCGAACGCCGUCGGCGACAGAACCGCAUAAACCAGAGGGCUUACCGAAAGCGUAAGCGACUGUCAUCAACCAAAGACAUCCACCCCAAGAGCCUAGCACCAUCCCCUCAUUCGACCUCUACCGUCCAAUCACAAGAUCGUUCUUCCCAAGACAAUCCGAAAGUCAACUUCUGUCGCAGCCCCGAAUUUUUACAAAAUGUUCUGGAGAGAUUCGCCAAGUCAGCGUAUGAAAGUUACGCACGGGGUGACCCGACCGCCGAUCAUCUUAUGACAUUGACUAAAGUUAACGUCUUUCGAGCAUUCGCCCAGAACCUGAGAUUAAUCGGUUGGUCGGAGUACUGGAUGGAUCACGACGCCAUUUCACCGUUCAAUACAGCUCUACCACAAAAGCCCCUUACCCCGGACGAUAACAGUCUCAUUCCGACCAACCUGCAGCCAACUCGAAUUCAGAAAUCGAUACAACAUCACCCAUGGCUGGACUUCUUUCCUUUACCCAAGAUGCGCGAUAAUCUCAUCGAAGCUGGGGAUGACUGGGAUGAUGAGCAGCUCUGUCACGAUAUCAUGGGUUUCUGGGGUGAGUCAACGAUGGAUGCAGGGCUAAAUGGCAAUGGGUUGUUCGAGGGUGCCCCGAAUUGA